CUUAGCCUAAGCCUCACUUGGGAGAGGAGCAUUCUUCUCUCUGCUCUUGGAGCUGCUUUCUGUUGCUUCCCCGCCCAUCUGUGCUGUCAGCAGCACCAGCAAAGUUGGCCUCAAACUUGAACCAGGCUGAACUUGAUUCCAGCUUCCAAGCUUCCAGCUUCCAGGAGCUCCGUGGGGGCAGCAGGCAGGCCCCAGCCUCCAAACUCAGCUGGCCUGGAGGAGCUGACCCUUGCUCCCCUAGGUGAUACUUCUGCCCCUGACCUGUAGGCCCCUAGUCUGGGCUGAGGAAUGGUGCGCUGAGGUCCUUCUGGAGCCCCUCGUGCCUACUUGGAGCUUGAGCAGCCCGAGGCUCAGGCCAACAUGGCCAACCCUGUGCAGCCUCAGUUUCCCUCCGCACGGGAGCCAGGCACCACCUCACCCCUGGACCUGCAAGAGAUGGAAAAGCUGCUCAUCAAGGUGGACGACAAGGAUGACAAGUCCCUGAAGCUGUCCAAGUCCCUCUCGGGGGCUCUGGACCUGGAGCAGAAUGGCCAUGGCCUGCCCUUCAAGGUGAUAUCCGAGGGGCACCGGGAGGUGACACUCCCCCGGUCACCCUCUAGGGCCAGCUCAAGGCGGGCAUCCUCCAUUGCCACCACCUCCUAUGCCCAGGACCAAGAAGUCCCCAAAGAUUAUCUCAUCCUUGCCAUCGCCUCCUGCUUCUGCCCUGUCUGGCCUCUCAACCUCAUCCCCCUCAUCUUUUCUAUCAUGUCUCGAAGUAGCGUGCAACAGGGGGACCUGGACGGGGCCCGGAGGCUGGGCCGCCUGGCCCGGCUGCUCAGCAUCACCUUCAUCAUCAUGGGCAUCAUCAUCAUCAUCGUGGCUGUGACUGUCAACUUCGCAGUUCAGCAGAAGUAGAAGGAACCAGGGCACUGUGCUCACGGAGGCAGGCCCAGGCCAGCUGGAAUGCUCCAAACCCACACACCCCACGCCCCACGGGAGGACAGGGCCGUGACCGCCAAGCACCCACCUAUCCCCAAGCUCCAAAAGCACAAACUCGGAGGAAAACCCCCAAGUCACCCUACUGUCAGCCCACAUCAGAUAGGAAAAGUGAGAGGAAGAAAGGAAGGAAGGAAAUUAAAUUAACUGUGAAACCGAUGAAUAAUGUGGCGUAAUCUCAUGGGCUCGUCCCCACAGUUUGACCCCAGUGUUCUGGCUUGCUCCUCAUUCCCGUGAUUUCCUGGGAUCUACCAAGCAGCAUCUACUGCCAGAAUGAGAAGAAACUAGCCCCACAAAGGAGACGAAGCAUGGUGGGGAGAGAAGCAGCACCCUCCCUGUGUGUCCGAUGCCCGGGAGCAAAGACAUGGGACAUUAUCUUUUGUAUUUUUCUUGCGGGGAUAAAAAAGACCGUUUGCACGCCCUGUGCCACAUACCUGCUGCGUUCCCAGCCAGUGUCCAGAGCUCAGACGCUGAGCUGCCCCUCAGCACACACCCUGGACCCCCUCAGGCACAUGGGAUGUGCAGCUACCCCGGAAAGAGGUGACAGUGACAUUCAUCGCAGGGCGGAGGCACAGAGAGGGAUGUUGGUGAAGACAAGAACAGGGUUAGCACGACCCUCGGAUGCUUCCCAAACUUUUCAGCCUCGGAAAUAUCUCUGCUGAGAACUCUGGUCCUGGAGCGUCUCCCAGGAUGACCUAGGCCUCCUCUUGCUCCUUACCUGUGUGUAGCCUGGGCCACCAACCAACCGCCCUGGCCUCACCCCGCCCCCUGCUCUGCCAGUGAGGAGGAGCCUGGGCGUGAGCUCUUGCUCUGCCAUGGCCUCCCCCAUGGUCUGGGGUACAAACUUGGGGCCCUAUGCAGAAUGGCUCAGGUCCCCAUGCAGAGCGGCUGAGGGUCUCCAUGCAGAGGCUCAGGCAGGGCCUGGGCUCCGGCUCCCAGCCCAGCUGCAUUUGAAGCUUCGUGCCUCACCCUGUGCCUCUGGCCCUCCACACACAGCUGAGGCUUUCCGUGGAGGAGGCUUUGGGACAACCCCGGCGGGGACUUCCCACGGGCUCCCAGGCUCUUAGCAGUGUUUGUACUGCCCGCAGGGGAGUGGGCUGGAGAGUUUUUCUGGAAGUUUAUUGUUUAUUGGGUCCAGAGAGUUCCAAGACAGAGGGAAGAGCUUGGCCGAAGGGUCCUGUCUACAGGAGAGUGGGGAGCCCGGGGUUUGGGGAUACACUCACAUGCCCGGAGGCAGGGGCUGGACAUAUGGCCUCUGUCUCAGGACCUAAUGGGACGCCUGAAAGGAGCUGAGCAAGAACCCUCGGGCUCCUGCCUGGUUUUCGGCCCCAAGAUUCUCCCCGGACUUCUCCCUGGUGCAGGCUGUGCCCACGGGGCCCUCUCCUGCUCCGGCCUCCCCUGCUGGCUUCAGCUCCCAGACCCUCAGGGAGGGAUGCUCCAGGUUUCCCGCCCUGGCAGGCCCCGCCCAGCAGCCGGGUUUACUGUGCAUCGUGGGAGGGCAGGUUCUCAGCCACAGCCAGAGUGGCCUCAGGUUGGCAAGGAAUGUUUCCCCUCACCCGUUCCGGACCCUUGUGCCUCCUCUCAGGUCCCCCGCCCAUCUCCCCCCACUUCUCAGAGGCUCCUGGGAGGGAACCUGUUAGCACAGAGGCUCUGUCUGCCAGGAGGGGCUCUGAGUCCCGAGUGCAGCUCUAAGCCUUCUAGGAGGGGCUGCGUGACAGGGGAGGUCUGCAGGGCCCAGGGCCACUGGGUGGAUCCCUCUUGGGCUGGUGGUCCUGUGUCAGUCCCCUACCUGGGGAAUAAACUCCAACUGCUCCCAACCCUAAAGGAGGGGCUGGCUGGGUUUGCUUUAUGGGGCCUUUGAGGCCUAAAUAGACAUGCCUCUCUUUGUCGGGGGAGGGAGGGAGUGAGCCCAAAAUAUUUGUGUCACUUUUGAGGUCAGGUCAGGCCAGGGGAGAUGUGAGGUCUAUGGAGCUGGUGGUUGUUCCCGGGCUCUGGAAGGAGGGAUCAUGAAUUGGCAGUUUCCUGGCAGGCCCCAGGGUUUCCCAGCUUCAGCACCCCCGGGAGAAGAGAGAAACGAGCAGACGGGUUAAGCCUGGUCUCCUGGGAAAUGACGGCAGAGGUAGGACUGUGGCCUCUGAGUGCACAGGGCCUCUCACACACCCAGACCUGCCCCGCUCCCCCCAGGAUCACACCCACACACACUUGUUCAUACCCAAAACCCAGAAGAGUUGAGAAAGACAGAAGCCACCAGCAGAGCCGAAGAAACAGGCACAGCUGGGACAUCCUUCCAUUCAGGCAAGAAUGACUUGAGAGUUUAGUACCAAGGAUGGAGCUCAGAGGCCUCGAGGUGUGUGGAAGGAGUAGAGGCCCCAAGAGCCCGGCCCCUCUGGUAGAGAGGAGCACAAGCCCCAGGACCAGAAACCCUUCAAAGAUAAGCCUGGGAGGGAGGGCCCCGCCGCCCUGCCCACAGCAGCCUGGCUGCCCCAGGCCUCCUUGAAGCUGGAAGGAACAGUGGCCCUGCUGUCCCAACUCCAUCUCAGUCCAGCCACUGGCUGCAUGAGCACUACGGCCCGGCUUGGGGCGCUGACCCAGCCUCUCCAGUGUCCCACAGGGAGCAGCAAGCGCUGCCCCUCACCACCCCGGCACCGCCCUCACCAGUUCACUGCUCUGUAGUUCUUGGCAUGGAAAGAAAUAAAGC